UUUUUUUGAAACUCAUAUAUCAAUAUUGCUGGACCUGGCUAUGGAAUGAAUCAACCCGUUAACCUUUGUAAAAAAAAAACCAUUAAUUAAUAAAUGCUGCUAAAUAAAUAUAAAUAUUUGCCUCCAACAGUUAAUCAAUAUUAAUAUUCGUUAAUAAUAUACAAUUUAAGACAUAGAUUUACCUGUUAAAAAAAAAAAGACAUAGAUUUACAUACACACAAUGGUACGCGUCUACACUUUCACUGAUUCAGAUUCAUUCUCGAUAGUGUCCGGACAUGAGCCCUCAUUCCUCUCAUGAAGACUCGUUCAAUACCAAAAUCCCGCGUAACUGAGGCCUAACAUCUAGUAGUAUAUUCUCGCAUAACACAUUCUUAAAAAAAUCUGAAAAAAAAAACAAGAAUAAAAGACAGAAAAAGAAAGAAAUUAAAACCUCACCACUUUAACUCUCAUCGUUACUUUCCCUAUUUUGCUUCCAUCAUUCGCCAACAACACUAGCUACGUUUUGUUUUGUGCUUAAACUUCUCUCAUCCAUGAAACCUCCACCAUAACAAAGCUCUUUCUCAAACCACCUAGCUUGUGUAGCAAGCAACAUAUAUCCAUUCAUAUUCUUCAUCAUCUUUUGCUAUGUCUUCCCCAAAAGCAGAGAAUUUUGAAACUCCACGACCGCCACCCGUAGUUACCUCCUCCUACACCACUCUCCCGGCGCUAGUCGCCUUCGCCCUUCUCGCGGUGGUGGUCUGCUUCGUCGGCUUCGGCAUCCUCUACUCCUGCCGGUGUUGUUUCCUCAGCGUCAUACACACGUGGGCCUUCCAACAAUCAGCCUCCGGCACCACCCUCGUCCGCCUCUCCCGCAACAACAACAACGCCUCAUCAUCGUCUCCUAAUUACAGAGGCCUCGACCCUUCUCUCCUGCAAACGUUCCCCACUUUUCUCUACGCCUCCGUCAAGAACCUCCGCAAGGGGAAGAAUUACAGCCUCGAAUGCGCCAUCUGUUUGCUGGAAUUCGAGGACGACAGUCUCCUCCGCCUCCUCACCGCCUGCUGCCAUGUGUUCCACCAGGACUGCAUUGAUCUCUGGCUCCGGUCUCACAAGACGUGUCCCGUUUGUCGCGUGGAUCUCGACUCACCGGCCAACUUAGCGUCACCAAAACUUCAGGAGGUUGUGUUGGAGGACGAUCAUAAUGACAAUGUUGUAGAAGAGAGAAGAGGUACUGGUGAUGAUGUGUGCAUUGAGGUGAAAGAAGGUGAAGGAGAUCAUCAUCAUGGUGGUGAUGAUAAUGAUGAGAGGUUGUUUCCACGGUCACACUCUACCGGGCAUUCGGUGGUUAUGAUAAGAGGAGGAGCCGGAGAACAAGAUGAUAAGUACACGUUGAGGUUGCCGGAGCACGCGGCGUUGAAAGUUGUUAGAGGAGGGCGUAACUGCACUAAGAGUUGUUCCAGUUACAAGGAUAUGGCUGCUCCUUCAGCUGCAGCUGCUGCUGCACCUUGUAGUAAUUGUGGUUAUGUACAGAGUCAAACUGUGUUUGGUUGCUCUUCACGUAGCACUGCAGAAAAUACUUGAGUUUC